GAAAUAUUAGCCAUAUCAAAAUAAAUAAUGUUUCCGUUGCUGGUUUUGGAGACACUCAUAACAUAAAAUUUGAGGUUAUGUUCGGUGACGGUAAGUAAAAAAAGAAAGUUUCAUUCGUAAACAUCAAUAUUUUUAGUUUAUCCUUGAAUAUUGAAUUUCAUUUUGAUGACAAAAGCAGACGAUUAAAAGGAAGCAUGAAUUAAAAAUUAAAAAGAAGCGUAAAAUAAUACAAUACGGUACAGAAAUGAGUCAUGUAAACAAGACUAGGAAAUAAAUACAUACUGUUUACUUGGUUAUUUUAGGCGCAAGAAUUUGUAUAUUAUUCAAACACUGAAUAAGAUUUUAAAUUAAAUAAUAUACCAAUGCUUCAUCUGCAAGAAAAAGGCAACAGCAAAGAAAGAUAUAAAAAACAACUUAAUACAGGGCAAGUCUAAAAACAUGAAGAUAUUACUGCAGUCGUUUUUAAAACUUUGGUUGUUAAAUUUUAUUAAUUCAGAAGUUCUUAAAGCAUCUGAUAAUGUGCUACUUGUUAAGGUUAACAAAUGUUGUGAAAACAAUGAAAUUUACAUAGGAAAGUAUUGUGUUCAAACGAAUAAAUCCAGUGAAGAAUGGAGACCCUUAUUUGUUACUGAAAAAGGCAUCAGUAAUUUACAGAUUAAUUAUACGUUGGUCAAUGGUCUACCAGAUUGUGGACAUAUGCAACAAUGGCCAAUUUUUCAUUAUUUUAACUCAACAGAUAAAUUAAGACUAUUGCCAAAUGGUGUUUUAAGGCAUUAUUUUGAUCAUAAUGAAGCCUUUGAAGAGUUCGAUUUUGAGACUGGAAAUUCUAAAUCGCCAUUUCAUGACUACGAGCAAGGAAAAUAUUGUCUUGAAAGGAAAAUUGAUGGAAUUAAGAGUGAAUUCGCCUGGGUUUGUGCACCAGAUGUGCAUAGAGAUUGGUUAACUAGUACUGAAUUCUUGAUGCACAAUAUAGUUAAUCCUAUUACUCAUGGAGUAUCCAUAAUCUGCCUUCUGGUUGUUGCUAUAAUCUAUUUCGUAAUGCCAACAUUAAGAGAUCUUACAGGAAACAUUAUAACCACAAUAUGCAUGUGUCUUAUUGUCAGUCAAACUGCUGACAUGAUAAGAUUGCUGACAGUUUUUAAAAACCACAUUAGCCUACUAAUUACAGAGACGAUAUGUUACUUAAGUAUGUUGGGUGCCUUUUUUUGGUUGAACAGUUUAGCUUAUUACAUUUGGAAAACUUUCAAAUCGAGGAAUGUAUUUUUACGCAUUACUGAUGGUAGAAAAUAUUGCUACUACUCUGGUUAUGCUUGGUCAUGUACGCUUCUAUUAGGGGCUUUGGCAAUUUUUGCGCAUUUGACAAUGGAUUAUGAUGAAGUAGACUUUCAGUCAAAAUCUACGUAUGAUCAAACUAGGGAACAAAUCGGUUCUUUGGGCACAAUUAUAUUUUUUGUUCCUGUAGCUUUUACACUUUUGGCCGACAUGUUCUUUUUUGCUACCACUUUAAAAAUAAUAAAUAGGAUGCAUACGUACGGACGAAUACAUCAUAAAUUACGUCACACUUUUCGUAUGUUUGUCCUCUUAUUACUAGUCAUGACAUUGCAAUGGCUAUUCUUCUUGUCAUCAUUCACUAAAUAUGAGGGAUUGAUCAAUGCACAUAUUUUUAUAAAUACUUUUCAAGGACCGCUCAUACUUUAUGUUUGUAUUUUCAAUCAAAAACACGUGGCUUAUUUAAUCCAAAAAACCUGUUGCUACACAACUUGCCCAUGUUGCAAACCCGAUCCAGAAACAGAAUGGGGAGACGAAAUGACGGCCAUGAAUACUUUAAACAAUUAUUAGAAGAUACUUGGAAGCACUUAGGAUUAGUUUAUACAGGGUAUCUAUAUUUGUGUGUUAAAGUACUUAAUUAUUGAUUAUUAAAAAUGCACUUUUUUCUUGAGUUGUUGCUCUGACUAGGUAGCAUUAAGUUAUUAAUUUGGUUAUUAGAAGUGAAAUAUGAUUUUUUAAAUUGUCAUAAUUUUAUAUUUCUACUCAUUCUCAAAUAAUAACCUAUAAUGUACAUUAUCAGAACAAUAACUAUUUUAAUUCACCUUUUAUGUAAUAAAAAAUAAUGAAUCAUCAAACUCAUUCACUAAUUACUUAAUUAUUAAUUCUCUAAAAAGCACUUGUCUAAUUAACACAAGAAUUGUAUUGAUAUAUUCUCAGUUUCAUCAAAUCGACAAACAUGUUAAAUUAAUAAUGUUAAAGUCUUUAAUGCAUGUAGAAAUUUUAUUCACUCAUUUUAACGUCACCAGUGAUUUUUGUGGUAAAAGUAUUUAUUACAUAUAAGUAUUAUUAAAUUUAAACUUUUAGACCUUGUUGACUGUCUUAUUGAAAAUGCUCAACAGAAAAUUUUGAUAUUUACUAUUUUACAUUAUUAAAUGUAACUUUGUGCCUUAUCUACAUACUAAUUAGACAUUUUACAGCAUUUCAUUGAAAAGCCCUAAAUAAUCUAUUGAAUCUCCAAUUUUUAAAUUAUACUGGUCACUGUAAUAGGGCUGUGAAUUGCUUAUGUAUUAGAUGUAUGUAUAAAACAUGUAUUGAAUCUUUUAGGCAGCUAUUAGGUAACUAUGAUAUUAUAUGUUACAGAUCUGACUAGGUAUACACAAGUUAGCACCAAAAGAUACUUUUUUGUUAUAUUUUACUUGAUGAAAUAUGACUUAGUUUUUGUGCAGCCAUGCAUAUCAUACAUAAUUAUUAUCUAAUUCGGCAUUUCUAUUUAUAAGUAUUAAUAUAAAAUAAUUUAUUGACAUAGUAUAAAAUUUAAUUAUAAGGUAAGUCCCAGUGAAAGUUUAAAUAAUUUCAUAUCUGAAAACUUAUAUUUAACAUAACAUUUUUUGCAU